AUGGCGUCGGAGGAUGUGGUAGGGAAGACAACCGUUACAAUCGCAAAUCUCGCUGAAGAAGCAAAGAUCUCUAGUGAAGGUGUCAAGGCUCCUAGCCGCCACGCUCUACUCAGCAUUUGCAAAUCUCUCGUCGCCGGUGGAGUAUCAAGAACUGCUGUUGCUCCUUUAGGACUGAUAAGUUCUCAUUGUUUUGCGGUGUAUGAAUCUUUAAAAGAUUGGUUGGUUAAAUCAAGACCAUUUGGGCUAGCCGAAGACGCGGAGUUGAGUGUGACAACCAAGCUUGCAUGUGGGGCUGCAGCUGGAACUGUGGGUCAAACCGUUGCUUACCCUCUUGAUGUCAUCCGCCGACGAAUGCAAAUGGUUGGUUGGAAACAUGCAGCUUCAGUUGUGACCGCAGAUGGCAAGUCAGCACUCGAGUACACUGGAAUGGUUGACGCGUUCAGGAAAACCGUUCGUUAUGAAGGUUUCGGGGCGUUGUACAAGGGCUUGGUCCCUAACUCAGUUAAGGUGGUUCCUUCGAUAGCGCUUGCAUUUGUGUCGUACGAGGUGGUUAAGGAUCUACUUGGGGUGGAGAUGAGGAUAUCUGGUUGA